CGGGAAGUGACGUGUGGCGGCUUCCGGCUUCGCCCCCCGCCGCCGCCUCAGGUUGUUAUUCCCAAAAUGGCGCCCCUGGACUUGGAUAAGUACGUGGAGAUCGCGCGGCUCUGCAAGUACCUGCCGGAGAACGACCUCAAGCGGUUAUGUGAUUACGUUUGUGACCUGCUGUUGGAAGAGUCAAAUGUUCAGCCCGUAUCUACACCAGUUACAGUCUGUGGAGACAUACAUGGACAGUUCUAUGACCUCUGUGAACUGUUCAGGACUGGAGGGCAGGUUCCUGAUACAAACUACAUAUUUAUGGGUGAUUUUGUAGACAGAGGAUACUAUAGUCUGGAGACCUUCACUUACCUCCUUGCACUAAAGGCUAAAUGGCCUGAUCGUAUUACACUCUUACGAGGAAAUCAUGAGAGUAGACAGAUAACACAGGUGUAUGGAUUUUAUGAUGAGUGCCAAACCAAAUAUGGAAAUGCUAAUGCUUGGAGAUACUGUACCAAAGUCUUUGACAUGCUCACAGUAGCAGCUUUAAUAGACGAACAGAUUCUGUGUGUACAUGGCGGUCUGUCUCCGGAUAUCAAAACACUGGAUCAAAUUCGAACCAUCGAACGGAAUCAGGAAAUUCCUCAUAAAGGAGCAUUUUGUGACCUCGUUUGGUCUGAUCCUGAGGAUGUGGAUACUUGGGCAAUCAGUCCACGGGGAGCAGGUUGGCUUUUUGGAGCAAAGGUCACAAAUGAGUUCGUUCACAUCAACAAUUUAAAACUCAUCUGCCGAGCACAUCAGUUAGUCCACGAAGGUUAUAAAUUUAUGUUCGAUGAGAAGCUGGUGACAGUAUGGUCUGCUCCUAAUUACUGCUACCGUUGUGGAAAUAUUGCGUCAAUCAUGGUCUUCAAAGAUGUAAAUACAAGAGAACCAAAGUUAUUCCGGGCAGUUCCAGAUUCAGAACGUGUAAUUCCUCCUAGAACAACUACGCCGUAUUUCCUUUGAGGCCUUCACCCAAACUGCUGACCCUUUUCCCGUCCUCUUUUUCCCCCCGGUUUCCUUGUAUUACCCCUUUACAGUAUACUUUUUAUUGAGCACUUUGCUGCUGAAAUGCUGCCUCUUGCCUUUUUUUUUUUAUUUUAAAUUAUCUAAAUUUAUUGUGUACUAUGGUGUUUAGAGCAAUAUUUCUAUUGAUUUCCUCCCCAUUCCAUCCCCACCUUGGACUCAUUUAAGAAGAUUUGGGAAUCGUCUUAACACUCACUGCUGCAUGUAGCUCUUGCUUAUUAGUCAUUAAGGGAAGACAGGAUGUUUUUCCUUUCUCAAAAAGCCAAUUAAAGAUCCGACUGCACCAAAAUACUCAAUUAUUAUUAUUCCCCCCCCCCCCCAGUCUCAUUCAGCCGUCUGAUUUAGUUGGGUAAGUUUUAAGAAAUUUCAGCAGCAAAGUAGUUUUUUCAGUGGGCACGAUGGACUGUAAAUGCCUCUGCGUUGUGUACACCCGUCCCAGCUGUAAACUUCGUUGUCCUUUGUUGGAUGAUAUUUUAAGUGGUUAUAAAAUAAAUUGGUCUAAAGGGCUGCCCUCUUUGUUGUUUUUUUAAAUUCAGAUUAGAAUACAAAAACUGCUACGGCUCGUGACUUUGUACAUUAAGAUGAUUGUACUGAUCUUUUACAGAUUCCUUGUAUUUUUAAUAAAGUCCUCUUAAAUAAAA